CUCGUUGGCACAUUGCAGCAGCCUGCGAUCCCCUGGGGUUUAAGAACCGCCCUCCAGAGGCGGCCCUCCGUGCGAGCCUGGGACUUCCCAGUGGAGUGAGGGACCCGGCCACACGGCUCCCGAGUUCCCUUCCCGGAGACGCAACUGAGAAUGGUUGUUUAAAAAGCCUUUCUUCUCCUCUGCCCUUCCACCUCUUGAAAUGUUGAGCCAAGAAGGUCCCAGCCUCAAUGUAUUCUGAGAUCCAGAGGGAGCGGGCGGACAUCGGGGGCCUGAUGGCCCGGCCCGAGUACAGGGACUGGAACCCAGAGCUCAUCAAGCCCAAGAAGCUGCUGAACCCUGUGAAGGCAUCCCGGAGCCACCAGGAGCUGCACCGGGAGCUGCUCAUGAACCACAGAAGGGGCCUGGGCGUGGACAGCAAGCCAGAGCUGCAGCGAGUCCUGGAGCACCGCAGGCGGAACCAGCUCAUCAAGAAGAAGAAGGAAGAGCUGGAAGCCAAGCGGCUGCAGUGCCCCUUUGAGCAGGAGCUGCUGAGACGGCAGCAGAGGCUGAACCAGCUGGAAAAACCACCAGAAAAGGAAGAGGAACAUGCCCCCGAAUUUAUCAAAGUCAGGGAAAACCUGCGGAGAAUCGCCACGCUGACCAGUGAAGAGAGAGCGCUGUAGGGCGGGCUGUGGGAGCUCCAGCCCGUGCGGCGCACCCCUGGCCCCCACACCCUCCUCUAGCCCUUCUGUAUCUGGCAGCCCUGGGCCCCGGGCCUGGGGACUUCUGUGAUGCUCAUGCUUGCUCUUAUAAAAGUGCCCCAGAGGACCUGGGCCCUCCUUCACACCCACCAAAAGUUGGGGGGCCCCUAAGCUCCCAGGCUUUUCCUUCUGAGCACUCACUGCUUCUGCUCCCAAAGGAAGCUGCUUCUGGGGAGAACUUUCCCAAGCCCUGCAGGGACUCCUAAGCUCUAGUGAGAUCUUUCUGGCAGAAUUGCAAAAGGAGAGAUAGGUACCUCUUUGCCCUGACCAGCCCUCCAUUUUGCCCAGGCCUCAUGAGGCACUGCUUCUCUGGGCAGCCCAGCUCCCAGGUCUCAGAAAAUGUCCUUGACUGUGGUGUUACCUGCAGUCAUGUGUGGGGCAGCCAAAUAGAACAUCUCAGAACACCUGCCUUGAAAGCCAGCUGAGGGGACUAUGGUUCAAGUUCAGCUGUCCUUGGUGAUGAAGGGCAGGGCAGCCCCCAAGGCAGCCUUGGGGCUCAUGUCAUGCCAGGUUAGAAGAGGACUAACCAGGUCGGCUUCUUAGAGUUUGCCAGCUCCCCACAAACCCAUGCUUUUGCUGUGUCCUCUCCACAGCCUCUCUGCCUGGGCCUUGUAACCACAUCUAACCAGGGCUGCAGCCUUCCUGCUCCCAGAAGUCUAGAACAGUGCUUCUCAAACUUAUUGUGCCUACAAAUCACUGGGGAUCUUGUUACAAUACGGCUUCUGACUCAGUAGAUCUGGGGUGGGGGCUGGGAUUCUGCGGGGCUCACAGGCUCCCAUGGCUGUUGGUCUGAAUACCACCUUAUGAGCAGCCAGGGGCUGGUAAAUACUGGAAACACCAUCCCUGAAGCCACCCCUGUCCCCCAUUGCCAUGAACCUUUGCCCAGGGGGUUCCUGACCCUGCGUGCGGAGCCCCAACGGCUCUCUAUUGCCCACCCCAUUCCAGGGACCCCAGGCCUGGGAAGACAGUUGCCUAGCAAAUUGUGUCGGUUACAGAACUGUCCUCAUCACUGAGGAUGUAUAUAAUUGCCAAUCUGCAUUUUCUUACCACACUGUUUUGAUGGAAUUCUGGCCCCCCCAAAAAAAAAUUGUUUCUGUUUUACCUUUUCCUGAAGCCCACGGAGAGCAGACAUGCAGUGGUUUCCAGUGGGCUUCUGGGAACACCAGCAGUGAAGGCCCCACCACUACCCUUACACACUGGCUCCUCUGAGUCCCCAUUUCCAGCCUCUGAACCCACUCUCAUCUCCACCACCCGAACCAGCUUCAGUGAACUCACCCAUUCUUCCUCGGAAACCCCUCCCCUCCCAUUCUGAAGGAUUCGGAGGAUAAGCCAGGCCUGCUUUUCCCCUGAAGACUAAAAGCCCUGCCUCUGGCUUUGCAGACCCAUCGUUUAAGGGGCCAGGCCAGUGCUAAAGGCAUUUCCUUUCACCACCACCACCCCCCCAAAAACACUGCCAGAAAAAGCUGCCGCGGGGAUGCUAUUUCAUUCUCUGACCAAAAGUGGGGUGGUCAAGAGGAAAGGGGUCAUCCUGGUCUUACUCCUACCUGAGCAGUUUGAGGAUGACCGAAGACAGGACCCUCUUCCUGGAGGGAGGGGGGGCGGUGCCCCUGCAAAUACAGACGUGCUGCCUGAGUGUGUGUGUGAGCGGGGCUCUGAAAGGCUCUUGAAUGUGUCUUGGUGAGAACGUGGUGAUGCUAAUUUAGAUGCCUGCCAGGUGAGAGCGAUGCUAAAGCAAAAUCCCCGCAUAAACACCACCACCUCCCCGGAGAAGUCUCCCCCAGCAGUCCAUGUGCCCUUCAGACAUAUGGAGAGAAGACAGAGCGUCUAGGAUGGGGUAGGCCCUCCGGGAGAAUGCUAGGAAUUCUCUCAGCGGUCCCCAGAGGUGCUGCACGGAGACGAAGCCCCAGAAGUAGAAGGACCCCGAGCGCCACGUCACCCCGUGGAGCCACGGCAGACACCCACGUAUGCCCCCAGUGCUCAGUCCCAAGCCCUUCCCUCUAGCUGCCUCCCACCGUAGAGACUGUAAAUCCCGAUUCCCACUGUUCCAGCCUCCUUUGCAGCUUGGGGUGACAUGUGACCAGGUGCACCAGUGACAUUUAAAAGGAAGUCGACAGGGGCUUCAGGAAAAGCUUCUGCUUUCCUGAUCAAAGAGGCAGACAUGGGUAACACCUCCCUGCCCUUCCAUUCUUCCUGCCUUGAUUGAGGAUGUGAUGCCUGGAACCACAACAGCCAUCUUGCUACCAUGAGAAAGGCCAAGAGCCUCUCGGAGACACUGACCCUGUCAUCAUUUGACCAAGCCGAUGCUAGCAGCCAUCUGCCUCCAGAAUUCUUGUAAAUAAAAAGAAAACUCGCUUUGCUUAA